AUGUCAUCCUCGAAGGAAGCCAAAAAGUCUCGUCGAAGAUCGGAUGCUGGAUCAGCGACUAAGAAGCCUAAAAUUGAAGAAGCACCAUUCUCCGAUCCCAAGUCUCUCGUCACCUUUCUCGUUGGCCCAGGUCCUGAUCCUACUGAGUUCAUAGCCCACAAGGAGUUCGUCUGCCGUCAUUCGAAGGUUCUUGAAGCAGCUUUCAACAGCGGAUUUAUCGAAGGCCAAUCGCAAACUUACCGACUUGAAGAUACCUCCCCAGCUGCAUUUCGACUUCUCAUGGAGUGGUUCUACCUCGAGAAACUCACUCUCUUGCAGACCAGCCCAGGCUACGUCCUAGAUGUCACAGAUAUGCAACAAGAGUUCAAUGAGGACAUGAGUUUGGCGGAGCUGUGGGUCCUAGCAGAAAAGUUCGCCAUGCCGGUUCUUCAAAACAAGAUCAUCGACAGUAUGCAACAAAUAGUGCUUAUCGGUGACAGUAUCCCAAGCAGAACAUUCCAGUAUAUCUACGCAAAUACUGCCGCCGGAAGCGCUCUCCGAAAGUAUGCUGUAAAAACUUGUGUCAGAUACAGAAAUGAGGGCCAGUACUCCGAGAAUGCCGAUCUUCACCCUCCCCAGAUGAUGGUAGAUAUUGCUGAGGAUUAUGUCGUGGAAUUCAACACACCAGAAGAGCAUGACGAGGAUAUCAAACCUACCGAGUUCCACGUACCGGUUGGUAAGGAUUGA